AUGGGCUUUCUGUUUCCUCGUCUUCCAGAUGAACUUGGCCGGGAAUGCCUGCUGAGGGUGGAGUUGAACUCUCAUCACAACCUCAGCUGUGUCUGCAAAAGCUGGAACACAGCAUUGAAAAACCCACACUUUUAUCAAGAAAGAAAAAGAUUGAAGAUUUCCGAGAAACGAAUUUGUAUGCUCCAGAGAAUAGACGGCAUUUGCAAAGUAGUGAUAUUCGACCUGGAGAAGAACACAUGCAAAAGUCUACCGCCCAUUCCCACAAAAAUUAACGGCAUCUUUCACUGCCAUUUCGUGAAACAAAAACUGGUUUUGAUCACAAAUUUGCUUCCCGUCUCUACAAGAAGUUAUGUGUGGUUGUACGAUUUUGUUUGUUCGAAAUGGCGACAGGGUGUAAAAAUGCCAAGAUGGCUGAAUGGAUUUGCCUCCGCAGUAGAUGAGGACCGAGGAUUGAUUUAUGUGGGUGGAGGGUGCGAGAGCUAUGGUAACCCCGUUCGAAGCGCUUCAGUUUACAAUGUGGAGGAGGACAAAUGGGAUGUUCUCCCCGACAUGAACACCUACAUACAGAACUCUAAAGGUGCUUUUGCUGACGGCAAGUUUUAUGUAAUUGGCACUUCUGGUAGCUUUGAGGUUUUUGAUUCCCAAACGAGAAGCUGGACAACUAUGGAGAAUAGAUUCAACAGUUGGUGUUGUUUCAUAAGUGCGUUUGGGCGCUUGUAUGGCUUGUCUGAGAGGGGAUUAGUUGAAUAUCAUUAUAGCCAAGAUAAGCUGGACAUUGUUGGGACUUUUCCAGGACAGAAUUGGGGCCGUUUCACUGACUUCGCUGUGUUGGUUAGCAAUAAAAUCUUUGUGGGCGUCUCAAGAUUUUAUGCAUUCGCACGUCAAGGUUUUUUCAUACUUGAACCUCCAAGUGAGACAGGAGGAACAUUAAAGUUGAUUGGCAUUAGGAGACCACCGGGCCUCCAGGGUUCUGCUAUAUGUGCUGCUACUCUCGAUCUUUGA